GUAGCAAAGAUGGGCUGGUGAUGAUGGCAAUUCCGGCGUACAACAGGAAAGAUGUGGGGCUGACCAAGGAUACAGUGACGGCCAUGGUGGAGAUCAGGGCCACAUCCUCCGCCGCCAUGAGGGAAGGGCUGGACCUGGUGGCGGUGCUGGACGUGAGCGGCGGCAUGGGCGGGGACAAGAUCCAGAGCGUGAAGAAGGCCCUGCAGUUCGUCAUCAUGAAGCUCACCUCCGUGGACCGCCUCUCCAUCGUCACCUUCGACAGCACCGCCCGCAGGCUCAACCCGCUGCGCUCCAUGACGCAGGCUGCCCAGACCGACCUCAAGGCCGUCGUCGACGGCCUGCAGAACGGUGGCGGGACCGACAUAAAGGCCGGUCUCGAGCUGGGGUUGGCCGUUCUCGCUGGCCGCGUCCACGCCGAGUCCCGCACCGCCAACGUCUUCCUCAUGUCAGACGGGCAGACGACCUCCGGCGACCCCAGGGAAGUCCACCCCGGCGAGGUGGCCGUCUACACCUUUGGUUUCGGCACCGGCGCGGACCACAAGCUGCUGAGCGACCUGGCCAAGAAGUCCACUGGCGGGACGUACAGCGCGGUGCCGGACGGGACCAACCUCAGCGCGCCCUUCUCGCAGCUGCUCGGCGGCCUGCUCACGGUGGUGGCACAGGACGUGCAGCUCACGCUGGAGCCCAACAACGCCGAUGGCGACCUCGAGAAGAUGACCGUGGCCCCUGGCACGGACUACACGACGAUCACCGACGACAAGAGCGGCCUCAUCACCAUCAAGUUCGGCACCCUCUUCAGCGGAGAAGUGCGCAAGGUGGCCGUCAACUUCGCGCUCAGGGACAGCGACGAGACCGAGGAGUACGACGCCACCUUGGCCGAGGCGCGGCACAGCUACGCUGGCCAGAAGACGCGCCAGUCUCUCGAGGCCAUCCUGAUUGUGCGCACCCCGAACCCAAGCUCUCCCACCGACGCCGGUGUCGAGAACCGCUCGGUGCAGGCCGAGGAGUUGCGCCGGCUGCACGCCGACACCAUCAACGCCGCAAGCCUCCUGGCGGAGGCCGAGAGGCUGGAGGAGGCGCGGGAGAGGAUCGUGGACGCGCAGAACGCGGUGGAGGACAUCGUGCUGCUGGACCUGGACGACGGGGAGAAGAUGGUGAACGCGCUCCGCGCCGAGCUGCUGCAGCUGCUCGCCUUCAUGGAGUCGCAGGAGAUCUACAACGAGCGGGGACACCCCUACGCCCUCGCCACCGUCACGUCCCACGGGCGGCAGCGCACCGCCGCGAGGGGCGACGAGGGGGAGGUCAUGUGCCUCUAUGCGACGCCGCGCAUGAACGCCUACCUGGAGCAGGCCAAGAGCUUCGAGGAGAACCCGGCGGAGUCGGUGCCCUCCGCGGACGACGAUGUCUAG